AUGGGGGCCCAAACUACAAACCCCUCCGGCGAGGAUGCUUCGGUUGAUCAUCUGGACUCUGUCAUUCCGUCAGACACCACUCCUUGGUGGAAGCAGAAGCACCUUUUGCGUCUCAAUUUCAUCAUCCUGUCGUUGGUAUUGUACUCAUCGGCCAAUGGAUUUGAUGGCUCAUUGAUGAACGGCCUCGAGGCAUUGGACCAAUGGAAAAACUUCAUGGACCAUCCUGCCGGCGCUUGGCUCGGCUGGAUAAAUGCAAUUUAUUGGCUUGGUACUGGUGUUGGAUAUCCAACAGCCUCCUGGAUUGCCAAUCGCUACGGGCGCAGACCAGGGAUUUACGUGGGUUACUGCUUCUUGAUCCUGGGCAGCUUUCUUCAGGCAUUCGCACCUAACGAUAAAGCGUUCCUAAUGGCUCGAUUCUUCUUGGGUAUUGCCUCUGCUCUGUUCGGAAACGCCGCCCCCCUCCUGAUCAAUGAGAUUGCCUACCCUACCCACCGCAGCUUCCUCAACUUGCUGUUCAUGUCGGGUUGGUACGUUGGUGGAACAGUCGCCGCCUGGGUGGUGUUUGCUUCGCGAACAUAUUCAUCAGAGUGGUCUUGGCGACUUCCAUCGUUGUUGCAGGUACUGGUGCCUCUGGUUGCCUUGCCGGGAUUCCUUCUCGCCCCGGAGAGUCCUCGUUGGUUGGUCUCAGUAGACCGAGAGGAGGAAGCGCGUGCAAUCCUUGCAAAGCAUCAUGCUGCGGGUGACGCCUCCUCUCCUCUGGUAGCCUACGAAUACCAACAAAUUGUUACAACCAUUCGCGCAGAAAAAGCGGCAAGCAGUGACGGUUCCUAUGCGGAGAUGGUGAAGACUCCUGGUAACCGUCAUCGCCUGCUAAUCUCCAUCACCCUGGGAAUGUUCUCCCAGUGGGUUGGAAAUGGUGUGAUCUCAUACUAUCUGUCUCUCAUAUUAACUUCAAUCGGGGUCACCAAGGUUCGAGACCAGACACUUAUUUCCGCUUGUCUGCAGAUGUGGGAUUUGGUGUUUGCCGCUCUUGGUGCAGUCUUGAUUGAUCGACUAGGACGUCGCCCACUAUUCUUGGCAUCUGCUGCCAUUAUGUUUGUGAGCUAUGUCCUCGUCACAGCACUCUCUGGAAGCUUCGCAAAGACAGGAGAUACUGCAACAGGCGGUGCUGUUAUCCCCUUCCUUUUCAUCUUCUUUGCAGGAUAUUGCAUUGCCCUCACGCCCUUCCUUACCUCCUACCCUUGCGAAAUCUGGCCCUAUCGUUUGAGAUCCCGUGGUCUCACCGUGACCUGGCUUGCUGCCAUUGUGGGGAUGUUCUUCAAUACAUUCGUGAACCCGAUCGCAUUAAAUGCGAUUGCUUGGAAAUACUAUAUCGUGUUUGUGGUUGUGUUGAUUAUGUUCGGCAUCACAGCAUACUUCUUCUACCCCGAAACCAAGGGCUACUCGCUUGAGGAAAUCUCGACCAUUUUCGACGGACCAAGGGAAGGAAGCGCUGAUCACAAACUACCCGUGGACAUUGAAGAUGCAAAGCCCAAAUUAUCCGCCGUUCAUGAUGAAGUGGCUUGA